CAGCGCAAGCGCCGCGCCUGGGUGCUCACGACGCUCAACGGCGCCGUGCUCACCGCCGCCAGCCUGCCGUUCCUCGCCGACCUGCUGUGCGCGCGCUUCGACCUGCAGGCCGUGCAGCCGCGCCAGGAAUAUGCGCUCGUCUGCAGCGCCUUCUUUGUCGCCUAUCUGCUCUCCGACCUCGGCCUCGGAGCCAUCUACUACCGCGAGCUCAUCAACUUCUCGUCGGGCUGGGCGCACCACACCGUCUACACGUUCCUCUUCGCGUACUGGGUGCACCGUGGCUGGGCCCACUGGGCCGUCAUGGCGUGCGUGUUUGAGCUGCCGACGACAAUCAUGGGUGUUGCGUCCAUCUGGCCGGCGCUACGCUCCAACAACGCCUUCACCUCGACAUUCUUCCUCACGCGCAUCUUCUUCCACGGCGCGCUGCUCUGCGCCACGAUCACCCCGCACGGCCGCGCAACCAAGGGCAUCGACGGCUCGUGGGGCGUGGCCCUGAGCGUGCUUGCUACCUAUCCCAUGCACAUCUGGUGGUCCGUGAAGCUGGUGGCGUCGGUUCGCCGCCGC